UCAGGUGGGGGCGGGGCUUGUCGUUGGGCGGGGCCAGCCACAGCCCCCCUGCGAAGAUCCCCAGCCCGGCCAGAGGUGCCAGCGUCCUCAUGGGGCUGUGCUUCCCGUGCCCCGCGGAGUCCGCACCGCCGUCCCCGAGCCCGGAAGAGAAAAGAGCAAAGCUGGCAGAGGCAGCAGAAAGAAGACAGAAAGAGGCCGCAUCUCGGGGGAUUUUGGAUAUCCAAUCAGUGGAGGCAAAGAGGAAGAAGAAAGAACAGUUAGAAAAGCAGAUGGAAACAUCGGGGCCACCAGCAGGUGGACUCAGGUGGACGGUGUCAUGAAGCAUCACACACUGCAGGAGUGCUAUGCCACUAACUCCAGCAACAGCAGUCAGAUGGAUUUCAGCUGAGUUUCUCUUCUUCGGACUGAUGAAGAACCAGAUUCUGUAUCUUUAGUGCCCUUGAGAGCAGUGUGAAAACUAUACUAAAACUAUUGGUAAAAUUUUUGAUUUUCAAGGUUACCAAAUGACCCAUCUUUUCAUUCAAUUCCAAUUUCCCUAUAUUUAUUUUCUCUUUUGCAAGAAGUAACUUUCCAUUUUUUGUAGUUAAAAUAUGGAUCCAAAAGAUAUAUAUGCGCAUGCUGUGCUCUUGUCCACACAUAUCUUCAGUGUUGAACUUGCCAUUAUAUCUCUGCUUUCUAAGUAACCUUGCUACUUAGGGCCAUGUGGCACAGCCUUCUGUCUGUUUCUGUUUCGUUGUAUAGGAAGACUUCGGCUUCAACUCCAGACCUAGUGCCUUUAAGCUGAUCAUCAGGGAAAAUCCUAAAGAUGUAUUUGAAGGACUUUAGGUGAAGGAAUUCUUUAUUUUUAUAGCCCACUGAGAAAUUAAUAUUUGUAAGCAAAUGUUGACUUUCUGCUCAUGUAUCUUCUGUACUUAUGGCAUAUCAUACUAACUUGAGCUACGUGUCAGGCGUCCAUCAGAGUACAGUGGGCUUCUGAUGUGCCCUACCAGAGGCAUGAGGGUGUGUGCAGUGACUGGAUGAGAGCAACUGAGAAGCAGGUUAGUGACAAUGAGUGACAAUAGAUUUGUUCAACUUUCAUGAGCAUCUUUAUUCCCCUGCAGUGUGGAAGGGUAGUUGUAAGAUGAACACAGACAGGGCAUUGCCAAUGGAAGCACGACAGAGAAACACAUAAGCUCUGUACUUGCGAAGGUCGCCUUCAUGUGUACAAGGAUCAGGAGACAACGUGGUGUGAUAGUCAGACAAGAGGUCUGCAGACCUCCGCUAACAUUAGACUUGAGUGAUGACAUUGUAGCUUGUCUUCUUCUUACUGCACAGUAAGCGGAGAUGCAAGGAUGUUGCAGCUAUGGGCUGUGAUGCCAACACCUGAUUCCCUCCCGUAAAACAUAUAGAGUCAGGAAUCUCAGUGAAUUAGGCCAGGUCAAGCCACAAAAGAAAACUGAGCCACGAGCUCGCCUGUCCCUCCCACAAAGUAUUUGACAGUGUGUAGAGCAUGUUCUUUUUAAAGAGUUGACCCUAUAAUAUAGGUCUCAUCAUGGCUGAAGAAUUACUUUUCUAUUGUUCAAAAAUAUUUCAUAUCUAGGUAAGACAUAUAACUUUAUCAGUACACUUUUCUUCAUUUGUAGAUUAGUGAUAUUUUCCUUCAUCAAGGAUAGUGAAAUCAAUAAAUCAAAUUUUAGAAAUACCUUAGUGUAUUUUGGUAAUUAACAACUCUAACAUAGGAAGGCUCACUGGAUGGGGAGAGAAGCAGCGCACACCAUCCUUCAUUUCAUUAUUGUAAGCCUUCCUCUGGUUAGCACAGGUACCCCAUUGUCUUCACUUUGUCUUCGAGAAUGGAACUGGAGUUGUGCAUAGAGAAGGCUCGCUUUCUAGAGGUAGUGCUGCAUUUAUAGCCAACUGGCAUUCUGACCUACCCCUGAGGCACACACGAUGUACAGGUAUAGUGCUUGCUUAGGAUAAGUGGGAUACACUGCUUUUGCCAACUGUGAGCUGCCUUUGCCUUUCCAAGGCCAUGUGCAUGGCUAUGGCCUGCCCAACAGACAUGAUGUGCUCAGCCUUCCCGAAGGCUAUUUAUGGCAUAGGUACUAAAUGGUGAUUUGAGUCUCAUGAAUGUGAUUAAAAAGAUGAAACCAGAUGCUUGAUAAGAAACUAGGAAAUGGUUAUUAAAAAUCAUAUAAACAUGUAAACAUUUUGCUUAGAUUAUGGAUAGUCAUAUAGAGGCAUGAUUCUUAUCAUUUACAGCUUAAAUAACAAAAAUUGUAACAUUGAAUAACAUCUUCCAAAUGUUAUGACCAAACUAGUAAAUCAUAAGAAAAAGCAUCAGAUGCAGAAAGAUAACCAAUGUAUGCAAACUUCAGUAUUAAUUCUAAUUCUGAAACUGAUACAGCUGUUGAUAAACGAGUUUCAUUUAUCAUUCCAGAAUGCCACUGUGACACAUAGCAUGUUUUGGGAACAUCCAAUGGUGGCUCUUUUAUCUAGUUGGUGUUAUGAUUAUAUCUGGAAUAUGAUUUAUUAGUGUUCUAAUUAUCAUGAGCUCACAUGUUAUGUAUUCUGCAUUGUCUUUGGGGAUAUGAAUAUACAUCUUUCUAUAUAAAAGUUCCCUCUGGCCAUUUUAAAGUGUCUCUACUCCAUCUGAAAGAAAUUAGGAAUGUCUUUGCAGUUAGGGCCACUUCCAUGUCUCUGGGAUUAAUAAUGGAAAGAGAAGAAAUAAUUCUCUGGAGGGGGGAAUGUCUCUUGCUUCAUCUGUGAAGAGGAAAUAUUAUUUUGUUGUUAUUACUCCUGUCUUUUAGGAUAAACACCUUGCAAAAAGGCUCUGCAGCAUCCCAGAACCCUGGAAAUUGACAUGAAAUUCGAAUUUAUCCUUUAUCUAAAAGUUUGACUUAUUUUCACUGAUAAGAAUUAUACUAUAUCCUUGGAAGAUGAAAGUAUAUCUUGUCGGGUUUGAAUAAAGUAUAAUUUAACAGA